AUGAUUGAUGGCACAAUGGCGGACACCACGCUGUCCCUGUCCGCCUUUCCGUUCCUCACGCCAGAUGAGUUUGGCUCUGCAUGUCGAGCUCUUGCCGAGCGAACCCGCAGCUGCACGGCCGCCCAAGUGGACGGCGGCUGGUCCUCGGUUCGACUGGUCACACAGAAUACUAUCAGCCUCAAAAUUUCUAAACUCUUCGAGGUUCAGAGUCCGGUACUGGAUGAUGCUGAUCUACGAGAAGUCUCGACUCUUACCGAUGCUUCUAGGUCUAUGCAGGCACAAGCAGAAGCGAGAGCAAUGGAAGAUGUAGAUGAAGAUCCGGAAGCCCUUGUCCGCACCGAUCUCUAUCCCACUUUGCAGAUAGAUUAUGAUAUCGUGUUCUCCCCCAUAUAUCAAGUUCCCGUCUUGUAUUUCGUGCUCCGGUGGCACAAUCACCAAGGCCCCGUGGGGCUGGACGCGGUCUAUCAAUAUGUAGUACCGGAGCAAUACAGGCAGCAAUUGCAGAGUGUCGGCGUGAUGGGAGGGAUCAGUUUCGGCUAUCAUCCAGAAUCUGGCGCUCCGGCCUUUUUUGUCCACCCGUGCAACACCGCGGAUGCGAUGGCGCAUGUUGCAGACGGACAGAGCGUCACCACCGGAACAUAUCUCCUCAUCUGGCUCGGUCUCGUAGGUCAAUCGGUGAACCUGCACAUUCCCUGCGAGAUCGUCGUCUCCGAUGGGGCCAGCCCAUACUGA